AUUAUUAGUAGGACGCCUUCCACCCCACCCCUCCAUUCACUUCUACUUUCGUCGGGCUCAACUGUUACCCAGGAUUGCACCCUUCUAUUGCCCAAGUCACUGUACGCUGUGUCCCGAGCCUCGUGGAUGUACUUGAAAUCAAAAUUACCAUCUGAAGGGCCCGGGAGAGCGAUAUAGGGCUGGCACGGAUCCGGUUUCACACGCUUCGCCUUCCUACAAUUCUGUCUCGUCUGUUUCAACUAUCCUGUUGUAGCCGAAUCUCGUACUCUGUACUAUUCGGGGUCAAGUUCUCUGAACUUCGGCUUGGGACUUGCUUUGAAACGUCCCUGAGUUUCGGGAAAGCGGGCUGUGGAAGAAAUCGCGCACGGCAUAUUUACUCUGCGUUCCUUGUUCUGAACCACCAUCCUCAUGGCGAUUUUCCUUGAACAUCGUUCUCUCAAGUUCCAUUCCUCGACUUUCCAAACCGAUGUCGACCUCUCAAAGGUUAUCUAUGCGUUCCUCAUCAUAAUCGUCAUUGAGCGCAUCGUGGCUUUCCAAAAGGCGUGUCGUGCAAUCAAUCAUCUCCCUGGAAUCCGAUCUCCUUUCUCUCCAUUGGGAGCUUUUGGUGCAAUUUUGGGAACGAGGUGGUGGCAAACGGGAUCGGAUAUGGUUUGGCUUCGGAAGAAAGACUUAUACCAAACAAACGAAACCAUCUCCACCGUGUCGUGGUUGUAUGGCUCUCCGAUGAUUUACACGACCAACAUGGACGUGAUGAAGCAAUUCACCUCGACUUCUGGGUUGUUUGUGAAAUCUUAUGAAGCAACGCUGGGUUCAACGCUAUAUGGACCAAACGUCUUUUCAACGGAUGGAACCGAAUGGAGGAAACAUCGUCGCGUUAUGGGACCCGCGUUCAGCAAUUCUUUGUACCAAAUGGUGUGGGACGAGAGUUUAAAGACAUACCAGGAUAUGGUGUCUGCUGAAGGGUGGUCAGACAAGAAGACGGUGGACGUCCCUGUCACUCAAGUAGCAACCUUCAAAUUCGCUCUGAUCGUUCUCGGGCUAUGCGCUUUCGGGUUCGACUUCAAUUGGACCGAACCUGCCGCCACAACCGAAGGAGAAAUGACCGUACAAGAAGCUAUGCGGACUGUCAUUGAUAACUACCUCUACCUCAUCUUUACCCCGCCUUGGAUGAAGCGCUUGAUGCCCUCAUUCAAACGUUUACAGAAGGCGUAUGACCAGUUGGGACAGUUCAUGAAAAAUCAAGUUCAAGUACGCCGGGAGGAGAUUCGUGGCUAUGCUAGCGGAGAGUACACGAGGAAAGACGUGUUCAGCAUGCUUGUGCAGGCGAACGAGUGUGAAGCUGGUAAAAAUAAACUAGAGGACUCGGAUCUGAUUGGGAAUGUUUUUGUGAUGCUUUUUGCUGGACACGAAACUACCGCCAAUACUUUGGCUACAACUCUCGCGUUCCUGUCGUUACAUCAAGACGCACAGGAUGAAGUGGUACAGCAGAUCAUAGAGGUAGUAGGGUAUGAUCGUAAUCCCGCCUUUGAAGACUAUAACAAACUCAACAAGGUGCUUGCCGCAUUUUACGAGGCCCUGAGGUUUUUCCCUGCUGGAUACCUGAUGUUACGCGUGAUGGGAGAGGAUGCUGUUAUCCCAAUUCCCAACCCCCGAGGGCAAGAGGGAACGCAGCCAUGUCCUAUCCCGAAAGGAACUUGGGUGGUUGUCGAUAUGGUUGGCGUCCAUCGCAACCCACGCUACUUCGAGGAACCUGAGAAAUAUAAACCAUCUCGUUGGCAUGGACUACCCAAUGACUCUGAACAAUUUACCGCUUUCAGUGUUGGUUCUCGAGCAUGUAUCGGACGAAAGUUUGCUACAACCGAAGCUGUGUGCUUCCUGACGAUGUUCCUGAGGGAUUGGAAGGUCGAACCUCUGCUCCGGGCAGGUGAAACUGUGGAGGGAUGGAAAACUAGGGUUUUAGAUGCUAAAAUUGGGUUUACGCUAGGGAUUAAGGAUGUUCCUGUGAGGCUGAUCAGAAGAGAGCGGCCCUCUAGAAUGUAGAUAGGAUGUGCAUUAAUUAUUUACUUUAAUCUUGAAAAACUAUACGACGUGACGGAUCAUUUCACA